AGGCACAGGUAGGGCGGGAGCGCGAGAGAGCCGAGCGCGGAGGCGCUGGGGGCGGGACGCGGGGCCCGGGAGCAGCCUGGGACAGCGGCAGCACCGCAGCUCCCGGCGCCCGCGGCUGCCUGCCCCAGCCACUCAGUGGCGGCUCGCUCUCUUCUCUGGCUCCGAACCCGACAUAGCUGCUGCCGCUGCCGCCCGGCGCGCUGCGAACUCCGGAGAACAGCCCUGGCCGUCAGCGGGCACCAGCGGCUUCCUGUCCCCAGCGCCGAGACUGGAGGGACGCACCGCGGCCACCGAGCCAGAGGCGCUUCAGGCGGCGAGAGAAGUCCCCGCGCGCCCCUGGGCCCGGCGCAGCUCACGGUGAGCGCCCCUCAGGGCUCGAGGGUCCCUUGGCUGAGGGGGCGCAUCCUCGGGGUGCCCGAUGGGGCUGCCCGAGGGUCGCAGGGCUGAAGUUGGGACCGCGCACAGGCCGCCCCUGCAGCCCAGCCAGAAAUGCUGCCGCCAGGGAGCAACGGCACCGCGUACCCGGGGCAGUUCGCGCUGCACCAGCAGCUGGCGCAGGAAAACUCCUUGGGGGGCUCGGCUGGGGCACCGCCACUGGGGCCGGCGCAGGUGGUCACUGCCGGCCUGCUGACCCUACUCAUCAUCUGGACCCUGCUGGGCAACGUGCUGGUGUGCGCUGCCAUCGUGCGGAGCCGCCACCUGCGCGCCAAGAUGACCAACGUCUUCAUCGUGUCUCUGGCCGUGUCAGACCUCUUCGUGGCGCUGCUGGUCAUGCCCUGGAAGGCGGUCGCCGAGGUGGCCGGUUACUGGCCCUUUGGAGCGUUCUGCGACGUCUGGGUGGCCUUCGACAUCAUGUGCUCCACCGCCUCCAUCCUGAACCUGUGCGUCAUCAGCGUGGACCGCUACUGGGCCAUCUCCAGGCCCUUCCGCUACGAGCGCAAGAUGACCCAGCGCAUGGCCCUGGUCAUGGUCGGCCUGGCCUGGACCUUGUCCGUCCUCAUCUCCUUCAUUCCAGUCCAGCUCAACUGGCACAGGGACCAGGUGGGCUCUUGGGGCGGACUGGACCUGCCGAACAACCUGGCUAACGGGACGCCCUGGGAGGACGUUUGGGAGCCCGACGUGAGGGCAGAGAACUGUGACUCCAGCCUGAACCGAACCUACGCCAUCUCCUCCUCUCUCGUCAGCUUCUACAUCCCGGUGGCCAUCAUGAUCGUGACCUACACGCGCAUCUACCGCAUCGCCCAGGUGCAGAUCCGCAGGAUCUCCUCCCUGGAGAGGGCCGCGGAGCACGCGCAGAGCUGCCGGAGCAGCGCCGCCUGCGCGCCCGAGACCAGCCUGCGCGCUUCCAUCAAGAAGGAGACCAAGGUGCUCAAGACCCUGUCGGUGAUCAUGGGGGUCUUCGUGUGCUGCUGGCUGCCCUUCUUCGUCCUUAACUGCAUGGUUCCUUUCUGCAGUGGACACCCCGAAGGACCCCCGGCAGGCUUCCCCUGCGUCAGUGAGACCACCUUCGAUGUCUUCGUCUGGUUUGGCUGGGCCAACUCCUCACUCAACCCCAUCAUCUACGCCUUCAACGCUGACUUCCGGAAGGUGUUUGCCCAGCUGCUGGGGUGCAGCCACCUCUGCUCCCGCACGCCGGUGGAGACGGUCAACAUCAGCAAUGAGCUCAUCUCCUACAACCAGGACACCGUCUUCCAGAAGGAAAUCACAGCUGCCUAUAUCCACAUGAUGCCCAACGCGGUGAAUGAUGACGAGGAGGAGGGCCCUUUCGAUCGCAUGUCCCAGAUCUAUCAGACGUCCCCAGAUGGCGACCCUGUGGCAGAGUCUGUCUGGGAGCUGGCCUGCGAGGGAGAGAUUUCUUUAGGCAAAAUAAUACAUUUUACCCCAAAUGAAUUCCAUUAAACGGCAUUAAGAAACUCCCUCCUGGAUCUGCAUAACUGCAGUGACAUCUGCAAGCAUGCACACACACGCAAAUACAUGCCUUUCCAGCGCUGCCCUGUUUAUCAUGUGUUUCUGAGUAGUAGCUCGUGUGCUCAGAAACCUCAUCCCAUUGAUUGGUAGUUCAAAGAACUGGCAGAAGCAGUUGCAAUAAACUCAGUCAAAUAUACCCAGACUGCCAGAGGUGAUCCUAUUAGAGAAGAGAGUAUGGUGCUGGCUCCUUUAAAAAAAAAAAGUGUUACUUGGUCCUUAAAAAAUAUGCUCUCCCCUCCCUUUUUAAACAAAUGGCUUCUUCAGUCAUUGUUAGUGUUUAAAUUGAUUUUUAAACAGCAAGUUGGGUGUGUGUGCAGUGAUGUGGUGGGAGCAUAGCUUUCCUGGGUCUGGCUUCUGGUGGCUCUGUGCUUAUGUCAUUUCUUCUCUCUGUGCUGGUGGGUGUCUCUAUAUCACAGCCGAGGAAGUCUCACUCAUUUAUUCUGGUGUCUAAUAAACACAAAUUAUUUGUA